CAAUUCCACCCAAAUCAUCUCAAUUCUCCCUUAUUUCUCUCUUCAUCAACUCAAAAAUUCUCAAAUCACAUUCAAAAUUACCAAAAUUCAUCAACAACCCAGAAAAAAUUCCCUCAAAUGGGUCUCCAAAUCACUGAAUCACAAACUCACACACACAAAAUCUUCCUAAUAUGCAAUUACAUCUUGUUAGGAGCAGCCUCUAGUUGCAUAUUCCUAACAUUAUCACUCCGAUUAUUCCCUUCAAUAAUCGGAUUCCUCUUCAUUCUCCUUCACAUCCUCACAAUUGGCGGUGCCGUUUCGGGUUGUGCUGCAUCUUCCGCCGGUUCCCACAAAUGGUACGCCUUCCAUAUGGUCUCCACAGUCUUAACAGCCAUAUUUCAGGGGUCUGUUGCAGUGUUGAUCUUCACCACCACAGAUAACUUUCUAUCGGCUAUGAAAUCGUAUGUACGAUUCGAAGAUGCGGCUGUUAUACUGAAAUUGGCGGGUGGGCUGUGUGUUGUUAUGUUUUUUCUCGAGUGGGUUGUUAUGAGCUUGGCGUUUAUGCUGAGGUACCAUGCGUUUGUUGAUGGAACCGGCCGAGGCGGGAAUGGGAAUGGGAAUGGAAAAGAGGAGGAUUUGAAGAAUUGGCCUUGGCCAUUCCAAGUUUAAGGGAAGAUUUGAGUUGUGUUGAGUUUCUUUGAUUAUCAAUGGGGUUUGAGUUAUUAAUUUGUUUUGGUUUCUUAUGUUAUAUAUAGUACUUCUUAUGUAGUUUGUAAUAUGAAACUAUGAAAGUAUCAUUUGUUCAUUCUUUUGUUUAAUCCUGAUUUGGAUUAUUAUUAAUGAAAUUGGUUUGUUCGUUGUUCGAUUAA